AUGGUCGCCGCUGGUCUCUCCGAGGGAGCCAUCGCUGGAAUCUUGAAGAUCGCCGCCACCUACAAACCAAAGGACGACGAGCCAAAACGUGAUGCGGCCACUUCUCUGGCAAUCAUCGGAAAGAUGUUCGGAGAACUCAAUGAGUACAUCAAGAGCCAAUCGGAGGGAGAUCAAAAGGUCUAUCACGCCAUCAUUGAAAAGAAGAAGGCCGAGUUGAUCGAGGCAGCUCAGAAGCAGUAA